AUGAGUGAAUUUGAUGAUGACACUGUGCAAUAUCUGGAUCCAGAUAUUGACUUUGCACUGUUAGAUGAUGAUAGUAGUUUGUUAACAGAAAGUGAAAAACCUCUGUCUGUUAGUGUAUCAUUAGAUCCUACUGAUGAAGAGAGUAAUUAUGAAGAUACUUUCUAUGAUAACCCUGUACACAUGCAAAAUCCUGCAUCUGAGUAUAUUAGGUCUAUUACUAUGUUAAGUCCUGUGAUAGAGGAGGAGAUGGAGAUUGACUGGUUAACAACAGAAAUAGAAACUUAUGAUAAUAUGGAACACAGUUCCAUGAUGAGUGAGAGUUAUACACCUUCUGCAAUUGAUGACUUUGACAUUUCUGAUACUGUUACAGGUGAUAUAGAUAAGGAGAGUCAGUGUAUUAUACUGGAUAUAAUUGAUGGAAAGCUUACUCAUUGUGAGAAGAAAGUCGAUACCAGUGCCAAGCGAACAUUAAAACAAAUGUUCAGAAUUUGGGAGAUUGAUUCGGAUUCUGCUAGACCGUUGUUUCAGGAAGAUAAAUCUAGUCAAUCAAGUACUUUCAGUUUCGGAGUAUGUAGUUCCCAUUUUAAUUUUGACAAGAAACUGUUGCAUCCCCCAAAGCAAAGGCUGAAAGACAGUCGAUUGAGAAAAGUUGGAUACACUGACGAAAGUGUUUAUUUUGCAAUGAUAUUAAGUUCAGUGCCAUUUCGGUCAGCAGCCUGUAAAAUUGAUGGUGAUGGCGAUUUUACCACCUUUCGAUACACCUUAUGGUUACCUCUAAACGAUACUGAACCGGAAGAUACUGAAGACACAUACAUUCAGAAAUUUACCCAAGAUUCAGUAUACUUUAUUACGGGAAAGUUUACUAUGCUGGAAAAUGGUUUGUUGGAACUCGUCGUCUCCUCCUGUAGGGAACUACCCAUAAAUAAAGACGAAAUUCCGGUCUGUAAACCGAUCGUCUUCUUGGGUUAA